AUGGAGGCGAACGACAAGCGCCUGGACUUGGUGAGAUGUCUGCUUUCAGAAAGUUUGUGUGUGGACGAGGACAAAUGGCGAGAGUUUGUGAGCGUGAAGAAGAACCUGCUCCUCUUCAACACUUUGUUCAACAGCAAGGAGCCGGUGAACCUUUUCCUAUGGAUCAACGAAGAGUCCAGCAUGUCCAUGAGUCUAGACUUCCCAGCAAUACAUAACAAAGUGGUGUGUGUGACUAAAACGGAGCAGGAGGCCAUUACUGUGGACAGCGCCUCCAAGGUGUUACUGAUUGAAGACGUUCAUGGAGAAGACGUGCUACCCUUCAUCACUGCACUCACUCAGGAGGUCGUCUGCCCGUUGCUUAGCAACCCAGCAAAUGAUUGCGACUGGGCGCCCGGUGCGGCUGAAGAGACGCUGAACUUGAUGGAGCGGCUGAAGAACGAAGCUCUGGUGAUGAAGGCUCGGCAGGAAGGAUGGACAUUUCUCCCGCUUCCCAAAAAUCUCCAUGACAACAAGCAGAGGAAGGCACGUGACGUCAAGCUACUCCAUGCCUGCGAGUCAGUCAUCAUUCAGUGGGCGGGGCUUGUGUCAGAGUUGCUGCAGCAGAACCCGUCUCAGCCGCUGUUGGAUGGACUCAAACCGCAACCUUCAGAGGAGUUCCACUUCUGGAACAACAGGCUGAAGAACCUGCAGCUUAUCCAGCAGCAGAUGACGAGCAGCAAAGCCCAGCAGGUGGCGUCCUUCCUUCAGUCAGCUGAGGGUGCAUACAGCUUCAUCUUGAAACAAAUUUAUGGAGAUGUCCAGAAAGGUCUCCUAGAGGCCCAGGAUGCCACCCAGAAGCUGCAACCUCUGCAGGAAAAACUGGAGCAAAUAGAGCAUCUGCAGUAUCGUCAGCUGAGAGACAAAAUGGCCGCUGUCAUGGAGAAGGUGAACCAGGUGUGGCUCAACUCACACUUCCACUGUAAACCCUGCUGGAUCGUGGUGCUCCUGCAGGAAAUCUGCAAUCUCUUUAUAGACUGGGUACGGACCAAAUCACUCAAUGAUGUCAUGCCUGUCCUACUGAUGUAAUGACCCAAUCCCUGACUUAAUCAUCUAAUCAGUGACUUAAUGUCUGAUUUAAAGACCCAUUAGUGACUUGAUAACUUAAUCAAUGACUUCAUCACUGAGUUUACGACCCAAUCACUCACUUAAUCAAUUAAUUAAGCACUGACUUAAUGACAAAGCUUGUUCUGUUGCAGAGCAGGAAGUUCCUGCAUGGCCAGGAUAUAAUGCAGGGUCUGCUCGCAGACCCUGCUCAGGUUCUUGAUGAUAUCCGAGUGGUGAUUUUGACGCUGCAGAGUCUCAAGGACAAGUACAAUCAGUACAGGACCCUCUUGGAGAAACAGGUGUCUCGUCACAUGACCUUAAUGGAAUGUAACACAUCACAACCUUGUUACCAUAGAAACACAUGACUACAAGUCAGUGGGCAGGGGAGGAAAUUACCAUAGAGAAAGGGUGUCAAACUUGUGCCAUGG